AUAUCAAUGAGCUCAGUUUCGAUAACAACGUUUUUAUUCCAAUAGAAAAUAUAAUUUAACAAUUUUCGAAAAGUUGCAUAAAAGAUUUUAGGAAAUAACAUGCGAACAAAGUCACACAUUGAUGCUUUUUUAACCAAUUUCGUGUUUCAUUCCGCCACAGUGCUAUAGGGCAACUGGCGCUGUGUGCGUGUUGCUCGCCUCUGUUCAGUUUAUGUUUGUUCAGCUUUUCCCGUGUCGCCGUUUGCGAGCAGCUUCAAAGAUCGCAACACGGACACAGUUGAGUCAGUUAGCUGGAGAAUGUUGUGACGCGAAGUUGGUUCUCGAGUGUUGUUUGCCCGCUGUCCUUAAUGCCGGAUAUGUGAUUGAACUGAACCGUGUGUUGUACACGGCGGCGUUGUGUUGUGUAGCUCUGAAUUGAAAAUGUACGUUCCCCGCUGAGCCCAUACCAGUACCACCGCUGGCGCUCGGUGAUUUAUUACCGGCCCAACAUGAAUGUGAAACUAAAAUCGCCAGUGUCUGAUUGCUGCUCCCAGACUUCAUAACCACACACAUUCCUGCUGAAUGAUUCUCGGAAUUUGAACACCAACGAGCGGUACUAUAUUAUCGCAAUCUAAAUCCAGUGUGUUCUUUCGUUCUGAUCGCUCAGUUUGGACGGUUCUACUGCCGUUCCACAGUGUGUGUUGUUCGCCUUUAUCGUCGUGUUCUUGCGAUGCGUUCAUCUGCGGUGCCCUCUCUAUCGUUUGAGCCGUUUGUUGCUUUGCUGCUGCUGGGCUGUUACACUGAUUCUAGAAAGUAAAGGCAGAGGAGGCUUGUUGGAAAGCGUUUUCACAAGCUACCAGCGUUGCCAGAGUGCAUCAAAGCACAACAACAGCUAUCCAUUACAUUGAUCCGGUACACGUUAAUGCACCGCAUAGUGCAGACAGAAAAAAAUCAUCACCUGCAAAAAAAAGUUAACUACGUUGGCAGUUGGUUUGUCGUUUCGCGACCGUUGCUAAACGCGCCCGGUGGCAGUGACCGCUAACACUCGAAAUCCACUGCAAAUCGAUACGCAGCACCAAUCAUCCAUCGGCUUUCGCUGUCUGUAUGUCAGGAGGAGCCCCGUGAAACCCCAACAACUGCGAGUCUGUCUGUGCUCAUCAGUUUACUGAAAUUACCCGAACCGCUGGACGGACAAAAUGGGCGUAUAGAACUAGGCCCAUACAUAUCGGGUUUGGUUAUUGAACUGCGAUGAAUUUUACGUUCCACAUCAAGCCCGACGGUGAAGGCGAACAGACACUGAACACCACUCGUGUGAACGAUAGUAAGCAUUCGAUUGACCGCUCAUAGUGUGUACGGGUACGACCGGUAGCGGCUGGCUGGCGUGGGUGGUCAUCCGGAGCUCCGAGUCCCAUCUCCAUUCAUCGCCAUCGCCGGAAGUGAGAAUUUAGCUUCUAUUUCGGUGGUGAACGCUGUGAGCAUUAAUUGAAAGUAAUUGUAGUUGUUGUUUUGUGUGUGUUUGAUUCCAGCUUAUUUGCAUAUUUACGUGCUGUGUACGCAGCAAGAAAGUUGGAAGCGCGUGAUUCUGAUGUGUUAUAUGUUGUGACAUGCUAUAAGAGCAUAAAAAUUAAAUUCAACCGUAACGAUCGAAAAGGUUCCAUUCGAAGGUGUAAAUGUUGUGCUUUGUGCUACCGUUUUAAGCAAGGCCUGUGUCUUGCAUAAUUUAAACGCAAAGCUUACGUAAUUGCUGAUGAAGCAGAACAAAAUUAUUGAGUGCUAUGAAUGAGCCAAAUCCUACACGUGUAUGCAGUAGUGUUUUGUGGAUAAUUUCCGUGUUAUAGUUACGAAAACGUCGUAAACCGUGUAACCCCCGGCGACAGUUCCUGUCCGAAAAUGGGCUUGGCAUCGUCGAAAGCGGCCAACAGCAUAGCCGCCAGUAACGGGGGCGUCGGUGGUUCCAAGUGCGGCAGUUUGAUCGUCGGAACGCACCAUCCGGAUAUUCAGCAGCCGUGUUCACUGCUACCGUCACCGUCGAGUGGUAUCAGCAGCAUCGAUACAUGGAAACCGUCCAGCUGUCACGUACGGCAGGCCAGUAUCCGGUCACGCAAUUUGCAGCCCAUGCCGGACAUUGGCGAGUUAGAUCGGCGGUUCGCGAAAGUUCUGGCUUCCAUGGAUUUACCGCCGGAUAAAGCGAAGCUGUUGAAAAACUACGACAACGAGAAGAAAUGGGAUAUAAUUUGCGAUCAGGAAAUGGUUCACGCGAAAGAUCCUCCAGCUCACUAUCUCACCAAGCUGCGAACUUACCUGGAUCCUAAGGCCUCACGAAGUCAUAGGAAACGAAAAAUGGUCGGCGAAUCAACGUCGACACAGGUCUUGCGAGAUUUGGAAAUCUCACUGCGCACCAAUCACAUCGAGUGGGUGAAAGAGUUCCUGGACGACGAGAAUCAGGGUCUGGAUGCACUGAUUGACUAUCUCAGCUUUCGGCUCGCUAUGAUGCGCCACGAGCAGCGGAUACAGGAGGCCAAAUCUGAGUCGGACGAGGGUUUAAAUCCAAAGGAUACCACUCUGACAUCGUAUGGAAGCAACGAAACGAACCACAAACUUGGUUUGAAUGGGUUUAUACGACCCGGACUAGGAGAUAUGAUGGAUAGCCCCAGUAUCCGGCGGCGGUCGAGGCAUAUAGCUAAGCUGAACAUGGGGCUAACGACUGAUGAUAUUCAUGUAUGCAACAUGUGCAUGAGGGCAAUUAUGAACAACAAGUAUGGUUUUAAUAUGGUGCUCCAGCAUCGAGAGGCGAUAAAUUGUAUAGCGCUCAGUUUGACUCACAAGUCAUUGCGAACGAAAGCUCUGGUAUUAGAAUUACUAGCGGCGAUCUGCCUGGUCAAGGGUGGUCACGAAAUUAUUCUAUCGGCAUUCGAUAAUUUUAAGGUAGUCUGCUCCGAGCAGCGUCGAUUUCAGACACUCAUGGAGUACUUUAUGAACUACGAAUUGUUUAAUAUCGAUUUUAUGGUGGCUUGCAUGCAAUUUGUAAAUAUUGUAGUACAUUCCGUAGAAGAUAUGAACUACAGGGUGCACCUGCAGUAUGAAUUUACUGCCCUCGGUCUAGAUGAAUAUCUGGAGAAACUUAGAUUAACUGAGUCCGAAGAGCUUCAUGUUCAGAUAUCGGCCUAUCUGGAUAAUGUGUUCGAUGUAGCCGCACUCAUGGAAGACAGUGAAACAAAGACUGCCGCCCUGGAAAGGGUUAACGAACUGGAAGAUGAACUUGGUCGUGCUUUAGAUCAGGCUAGUGAAAUUGAGAGGGAAGCUUUGUUCAAAAUCGGUGAACUCGAAUCGGAACUAAGUCAAACACGAGCAGAACGAGAUGAUUUGUUCAAUAAACAACGAACGGUCGAAGAGGAAAUAACGAAACUAAAACGAGCACUCAAGGAACACGAACAGGAAUCCAAAAGCCGCCAAUCUAUGCUGUUGGAGCUUGAGAAUUUCACGAAGACUCUCCCGAAGGGCACUUCGAUUGCGGACGUCUCCAACCUCCUGGCAAAGGGUGGAAAACUCUCCGAGCUCAGUCCCACGAGUAACGGAGCAGAUAAAACCGCUCCACCGGUUCCACCACCACCAGCACCUCCUGCAGCGCCUAUGCCUCCACCUCCACCUUGCCCACCAGUGCCACCAGCUUUGCCAAACCUGAAUGGCGAUGCUCCACGGGCUCCUCCGAAACCCCCCUCCUUCAUUCCGCCUCCACCGGCUGGCCCGGGCGGUUUCAUGAACUUCGGCGGCGCCAUCCACUGCACCGACGGUGCCAUGACUAUCAAACGCAAAGUACAAACCAAAUAUAAACUGCCAACGCUCAACUGGGUUGCACUGAAGCCAAAUCAGGUACGCGGAACCAUUUUCAACGAACUAGACGACGAAAAGCUGCAUCGACAGAUCGAUUUCAUCGAUUUCGAGGAGCGGUUCAAAAUCGGUAUGGGUGGCCCACUGACCAACGGCAACUGCGAUAUGGACGGACUCUCAACAUUCCCCAGCAAGCGAUUCAAAAAACCCGAGCACAUAUCGUUGCUAGAGCACACGAGAUUAAGAAAUAUUGCAAUCUCUCGUCGCAAGCUGGAAAUGCCCGUAGAGACAGUCAUCAAGGCAAUCAAUCUCCUCGAUCUCAAGCAGCUAUCAUUGGAGAACGUUGAACUGCUACAAAAGAUGGUUCCCACAGAUCAGGAACAGAAGCUUUACAAAGAGUAUGUGAUAGAGAGGAAGGAUCUGAAUUUGCUUACGGAAGAAGACAAGUUCAUGCUGCAGUUGACCAAGGUCGAGCGAAUUUCCUCGAAAUUGUCCAUUAUGAACUACAUCGGAAACUUUUUCGACAGUUUACUUCUUAUCAAUCCGCAAAUCUACGCGAUUAUUUCUGCUUCGUCUUCGAUUAAAUCGUCGAAAAAGUUCCGCUCGGUGCUGGAAGUAAUCCUAGCGUUCGGAAAUUAUUUGAACAGUAGCAAACGGGGUCCGGCGUACGGAUUCAAGCUACAAAGUUUGGACAAUUUGUUGGACACAAAGUCCAAUGAUAAGCGAAUGAGUUUGAUGCACUACAUCGUAGCAACCGUACGGCAAAAGUUCCCGGAACUUAUGAACUUCGACUCUGAGUUGUUCUGCAUCGACAAAGCAGCACAAGUUUCACUUGAAAUUCUAAUUACGGACGUGAGUGAGCUUGAGAAGGGUAUGGAAGCUGUACGAAAAGAGGCUGAUCUGCGAGGCAAGGGCGCACAAAAUCACGUGUUGCGGGACUUUUUGAAUAAUUCCGAAGAAAAACUAAAAAAGCUUCGCACGGAUUGUAAAACAGCGCAGGAUUCAUUUAAAGAGUGUAUCGAAUACUUCGGUGAAUCAUCUCGGAGUUCGGAUGCCAACGCAUUUUUCUCGCUGUUGGUGCGGUUUGUCAGAGCUUUUAAGACGUGCGAUCAGGAGAACGAACAACGACGUCGCCUCGAGCUGGCUGCGCUGCAAGCCGCAAAUAAGAAGGAUGCACUGGAAGAGCAAGUCGUACUGCGGAACAACAAGCUCAACAACCAGAAGAAGCAACAGGAGGCCGUAAUCAACGAACUGAAGACGAAAACCAACUCGGUGCGCGAGAAGAAACUGCUCCAGCAAGACGAGGUUUACAACGGUGCCCUGGAGGAUAUUCUACUGGGUCUCAAGAACGAACCGUACCGCCGGGCGGAUGCCGUCCGGAGAAGCCAGCGCAGGAGAAUCGACAGCAACCGGCUGUCGCGGACAAUGGAAGAGCUUGAAUUCUAGCGCGGCGACGGACAGCACGAAUAAAAAUGACAACAAAAAUGUGAUUGAUUACCUUUACGAUUCCGCACAACCUUGCACAAUGUAUUUGCAACAAACAGCCACUAUGACUCUCACUUUAUGUAUACUGCUUAUCUAACGAAUGAGCUUAACAUACUCUUUGAGAUGAUUUUUCUUGAUAUGUGUAUAUACACUCAAAAGUUUAUAGUCAUAGGUUAACUGUGAAGACAAUGCUGAAGACAGUCUUUAGAAAUGUUGUUAUUUUUUCUCUACUCGUAAGUAGGUUUUUGUUAAUUAUAUUAAUUCAGCAUACAUUUUAGUAAAACUUUCAUCUCUUCAUGUGUACAUAUUUUACGGAAUAAUAUUUUAUCAUGCUAUGAUAACGAACGAACAUUUCAAUAUGGGGAAAGCUCGUAUGCACAUAAUUUUAUUAUACAAUGAAAUUGAAACAAAAGAAUCUUACAAAUA